UGGUGCAUGGGACUAUCUUUUUGAGUGCGGCAAGUUGUAGCGAGCACUGCUGAGCUUGUUUUCCUCUCGGACACUUCUUAGCUAGGAGUUGAGUUUCUUCCGAAUUGAGCCACUUCGCCCCCUACCCCUCCCUCCUGAAUAAGGAAGCAGCCACCAAGCAUCAGCGAAACUGAUGAGCCAGUGCCGUGGAGCAGAUUAGCAGUCUCUGGGACCCAGCUCUGGAGCAGCAGCAAGCAUGCACCCUGGGUUGUGGCUGCUCCUGGUAACAUUGUGCCUUUCCGAGGAACUGGCAGGAGCGGGAGAGAAGUCAUAUGGAAAGCCUUGUGGGGGCCAAGACUGCAGUGGGGGCUGCAAAUGUCUUCCUGAAAAAGGAACAAGAGGACGACCGGGACCAAUUGGAGCUCAAGGUCCAACAGGUCCACAAGGAUUUUCUGGACCUAGUGGUUUAUCAGGCUUGAAAGGAGAAAGGGGUUCCCCAGGCCCUUUGGGACCAUAUGGACCAAAAGGAGAUAAGGGUCCCAUGGGAGUUCCUGGCUUUCUUGGAAUCAAUGGAAUUCCGGGUCACCCUGGACAGUCAGGGCCCAGAGGUCCACCUGGCCUAGAUGGCUGUAAUGGAACUAAAGGAGCAACUGGAUUCCCAGGCACUGAUGGCUAUCCCGGACUUCAUGGACCACCUGGGCUUCCUGGUGCGAAGGGAUCUAAAGGUGAACCUGUCCUAUCUCGGGGUAAUUUCAAAGGAAUGAAGGGGGAUCCUGGACUUCCUGGACUAGAUGGAAUGAAAGGCCCACAAGGAGCAGCAGGAUCUCCAGGAGCUAUAGGACCAAUAGGACCACCAGGAUUGCAAGGUCCUCCAGGGCCCCCUGGCUUCCCUGGUCCUGAGGGGAACAUGGGGCUAGGUUUCCAAGGAGAGAAAGGAAUCAAGGGGGAUGUUGGCCUCCCUGGACCGGCAGGACCUCCACCAUCUACUGGAGAACUGGAAUUUAUGGGAUUCCCAAAAGGCAAGAAAGGAUCCAAGGGUGAACCAGGCCCACAGGGAGUCAAAGGAUUGAGUGGCCUUCCAGGUCUUCCGGGAUUUGGAAUUCCUGGAGAGAAAGGAGAAAAAGGACUCCCUGGAUUGCCAGGACCUAGGGGUCCCAUGGGUUUUGAAGGAACCGAAGGCCCUUCAGGGAUUCAGGGCACAAAAGGAUCCUCAGGUUUCCCCGGGCUGAGUGGAUUUCCAGGAAUUAAGGGUGAAAAGGGUGGCAUUGGCUUGCCAGGCCCAGAUGUUUUCACUGAUACAGAUGGUGCUGUGAUCUCAGGUUAUCCUGGAGACACUGGUAUGCCCGGCCUCCCAGGCCUUAAAGGAGAUAAAGGCAUCCAGGGCCGACCUGGUCCCUCUGGCAUCCCUGGAUUACCAGCUUUACCAGGUGCUGCAGGUGCCCGAGGACCCCAGGGAGCUCGAGGCCUGAAGGGAGACCAAGGAAAUGUAGGCCACAAAACAGUUGGGGCAGCCGGCACCCCCGGCAGAGAUGGCUUGCCAGGCUUACCAGGCCUACCAGGCCUACCAGGUUUGCCCAGUCCAUCUCUCCUACAAAACACAAGAUUCCCUGGUCUCCGAGGAGAACGAGGUCCAAAAGGAAAACCAGGCAUAAAGGGAGCAAAAGGGGAAUCUGGUUUUUGUGCUUGUGAUGGUGGCGGUUCCAACACUGGAUCACCUGGGGAGCCGGGUCUGACUGGACCACCUGGACUCAUAGGCCUUCCAGGACUAAAAGGAACCAAAGGAGAUCCAGGCUCUGGAGGUGCACAGGGCCCAUCAGGGACACCAGGUUUAUUUGGACCUCAAGGACCUACAGGACCCAAAGGAAAGAAGGGGGAAUCGGCUAGCAGUACAGAAUCUGGGAUGCCAGGAGAGAAGGGUGAUCCUGGCCCUCAGGGUCUCCCUGGUGAAAAAGGGACCUCAGGCAAGGAUGGAUUUCCAGGUUUACCAGGUCUUCCAGGCCUUUGGGGUGAUAGCAGACAAGGCUUCCCAGGUGGGAAAGGACUACCAGGACUUCCCGGGGAAAAGGGUCAUAUUGGUCCAGCUGGUCUGCCAGGAAUUGGACUACCAGGAAGUCAUGGACCUCGUGGACUUCCUGGAGAUCAAGGAGUAGAUGGGUUACCAGGGCCGCAAGGUCUCCCUGGGCUUCCAGGUGAUUGCUGCUGCAGAGGGAAGGCUGAUAAAGGAGAUUUAGACACAGAGGGAGGUAUCACCUUGCCUUGUAUUAUUCCUGGGUCAUAUGGUCCAUCAGGAUUCCCAGGCACUCCCGGAUUCCCAGGCCCAAAGGGAACCCGUGGCCUCCCAGGCAUACCAGGACAGCCUGGAUCACAUGGGAAGAAAGGAGAACCUGGAGGUCCAGGGUUGGUUCAACUCCCCAAAUUGCCAGGAUUUCCUGGACCUCGUGGGGAGAAGGGUUUGCCUGGGUUUCCUGGGCUCCCUGGAAAAGAUGGCUUGCCUGGAAAAGCUGGCAUCCCAGGCUUAGCAGGUUCCAAGGGAGCUCCUGGUGACAUCUUUGGUGCUGAAAAUGGUGCUCCAGGAGAGCAAGGCCUACAGGGAUUGCCAGGGGACAAAGGAUUUCCUGGAGACUCUGGCUUCCCAGGACCCACGGGUUUGCUGGGGAAGUCGGGUCUACUGGGCCCCAAAGGUGAACGGGGCAACCCUGGAGCACCAGGCAGUGUGGGACAACCGGGCUUCCCAGGCCCUGCUGGCCUAUUUGGCAUCAAAGGCAAACCAGGACUUCCAGGAAUGCCAGGAUUUCCAGGCAUUUCAGGACAUUCUGGAAAGAAAGGUCCAAGAGGCAAUAAAGGUCUUCCUGGACCAAUUGGCAAGAAAGGUCUGCCUGGACUGAAAGGUGUUCCUGGAUCAUCAGGGCUGAUUGGCUUCCUGGGGAGCACAGGCCUUCCAGGGACAUCUGGGUUGCCAGGGCUCCCUGGUCUGAUGGGUGAGAAGGGCUCUGUCGGACUGAUGGGCUUUCCAGGGGUGCCAGGUCUCCCUGGUAUUCCUGGUGCCAGUGGUCUGAAGGGGUUGCCUGGGGCAGUAGGCAAAGUGGGGCCAUCUGGACAAGCUGGCAAACCUGGUGAGAAAGGAGACAGAGGCCAACCAGGACCAGGUGGAAGACCCACUCCAAGACCUUCAAUGCUGAACCUCCUGUUCAAAGGAGACAAAGGCUCUCAGGGUUCAGAUGGAUCCACCGGAUUUCCUGGACCUAGAGGUAACAAAGGAGAAGCAGGCCUCUCUGGGCUCCCAGGCUUGCCUGGAACGCCUGGAUUCCCUAACACCAUCAAGGGACUUAUUGGAAGGCCAGGCCCCCCUGGUUCCAUAGGACUAAGGGGAUUACCUGGCAUGAAGGGAUCCCCUGGAAUCACAGGUUUCCCAGGAAUUCCAGGAGAAAUUGGUUCACCAGGUCUUGAUGGGAUUCCUGGACUCCCAGGAACACUUGGCCUCACAGGCUCCAAAGGAGACCGGGGCCAGACUCUUGGAAGUUCUGGCAUCCCAGGACCCAAGGGACAGCCUGGAGAAUCUGGCCUUAAAGGUAUGAAAGGACAAAAUGGUCUAGUUGGCGAUGUGGGUUUCCCAGGGAGCAAAGGUGAAGAUGGGAAAGUUGGUGUUUCUGGAGAUUUUGGCCUUCCUGGCUCCCCAGGACUCUCUGGAAUGGCAGGCAUGGUUGGAAGUCCAGGCCUUCCAGGUUCUCCUGGCCAUCCAGGGGCAAGUGGGCCUUUGGGACCACCUGGUUUAGCAGGAGCCAAAGGUUUUCCUGGACUUCCCGGUUUGCAAGGACUGAAUGGUCUUCCAGGAACCAAGGGUAGCCAUGGAACUCCAGGACCUAGUAUAAGUGGUGUGCCUGGAGCAGCUGGCCUGCCUGGUCCCAAAGGGGAAAAGGGAUCCCCAGGAAUUGGUGUUGGAACUCCAGGGAAGUUGGGGAUGAAAGGACAGAAAGGUAGCCAAGGCUUCCCUGGUCUCCAAGGUCCAGUUGGUCUCCCUGGUGCCCCUGGCUUCUCCUUGCCUUCAGUCCUAGCAGGACAGCCUGGUGACCCCGGGCGACCAGGCCUAGAUGGAGAACGAGGACGCCCAGGCUCCCCUGGGUCCCCAGGACCUCCUGGGCCAUCCUCGGAUCAAGGUGACACCGGAGACCCUGGCUUCCCUGGCAUCCCUGGCCCUCUAGGGCCUGAGGGAGACCAAGGCUUUCCAGGUCUUGCUGGCGUCCCUGGAGAGCUAGGACUGAAAGGCAUGAAAGGUGAUCCUGGCUUCAUGGGAACUCCAGGCAAGGUUGGGCCACCUGGAGAACCAGGAUUUCCUGGGAUGAAGGGAAAAGCAGGGCCAAGAGGCUUUGCUGGCCUACAAGGUGCCCCUGGAAAAACACCAGUUGCAGAAGUCUCCCAGGCCCCUCCUGGACCCUCAGGUCUACCAGGCAUUGAUGGUGUCCCUGGUCUCACAGGGGACCCCGGCAUUCAAGGUCCUAGAGGACAACAAGGCCCCAAAGGUUUACCUGGCAUCCCCGGCAAAGAUGGCCCCAAUGGAUACCCUGGUCCACCUGGGGCUCUUGGUGAUCCUGGUCUCCCUGGACUACAAGGCCCACCAGGAUAUGAAGGAGCUCCAGGGAAGCAGGGCACCUUUGGAAGACCUGGACUGCCCGGGCAGAGUGUGCAAGUGGGCUACACCUUGGUGAAACACAGCCAGUCAGAACAGGUGCCACAGUGCCCUGUCGGGAUGACUCAGCUGUGGGUGGGUUACAGCUUGCUGUUCGUGGAGGGGCAAGAGAAAGCCCAUAACCAAGACCUCGGGUUUGCUGGCUCCUGCCUACCCCGAUUUAGCACCAUGCCCUUCAUCUACUGCAACAUCAAUGAAGUGUGCCACUAUGCUGGGCGGAAUGACAAAUCCUACUGGCUCUCCACCACGGCCCCUAUCCCCAUGAUGCCCGUUGGCCCGACUCACAUCCCCCAGUACAUCAGCCGCUGCUCCGUGUGUGAGGCACCGUCACGGGCCAUUGCAGUGCACAGCCAGGAUGUCACCAUCCCACAGUGUCCCCUUGGCUGGCGCAGCCUGUGGAUUGGGUACUCCUUCCUUAUGCACACAGCGGCAGGGGCUGAGGGUGGAGGACAGUCCCUGGUGUCACCUGGCUCCUGCUUGGAGGACUUCCGGGCCACUCCUUUCAUUGAGUGCAGUGGUGCCCGUGGUACCUGCCACUACUACGCCAACGAAUACAGCUUCUGGCUGACGACCGUGGAGGAGAGGCAGCAAUUUGGGGAGGAGCCUGUCUCAGAGUCACUGAAAGCAGGGCAGCUCCGCAACCGGGUCAGCCGCUGCCAGGUGUGCACGAAAAGCUUGUAGGCUGGUACCUGCCACUUUAUUCUUCCUAGCAGUUCACCUCACAAGCCCAAAGAAGGACAGCUUAAGCCCUCUUGCUCAUCUCUUCCCCAUCAGAGGUGCAUUUGAGCAGACUGGACUCAGGACACCACUACCUUCAGGCCCAGCUGGUGAGCCUGCACUGCUGAGAUAUGCUGUCCCAUUUCAGUCAACCUGGUGCUGUAAUUUUCUUCAGCUAUUCUGGUGACUACUCUUGGUUACCUCAAAAUGACCUGAUGGGCUACCACCUUCUUAGACUGCCAACUUUUCAAACUCUGUUUAUCGCAAAGCUCCCUGUAAUAGUGAAUAAAAA